GGGAGGGUUGGGCGGUCACGUGGCGGCGGCGGCGGCGGCGGCUGCGCGGUGCGGGCUGUUGUUGUGGCGGCGCGGCCCGCGGCUCCCCGGCCGGCAACGAUGAGCGACAACGAUGACAUCGAGGUGGAAAGCGACGAAGAGCAGCCGAGGUUUCAGUCCGCGGCUGACAAACGGGCUCAUCACAACGCACUGGAGCGCAAGCGCAGGGACCACAUCAAAGACAGCUUUCACAGCCUGCGGGACUCAGUCCCUUCCCUCCAGGGAGAGAAGCAACAGGCAUCCCGGGCCCAAAUCCUGGACAAAGCCACAGAGUACAUCCAGUACAUGCGCCGGAAAAACCACACUCACCAGCAGGACAUCGACGACCUCAAACGGCAGAACGCCCUUCUGGAGCAGCAAGUGCGUGCGCUGGAGAAAGCCCGGUCGAGCGCUCAGCUGCAGGCCAACUACCCGUCAUCAGACAACAGCCUCUACACCAACCCCAAGGGCAGCACCAUCUCCGCCUUCGACGGCGGCUCUGACUCCAGCUCCGACUCAGAGCCCGACGAGCCGCAGAGCAGGAAGAAGCUGCGCAUGGAGGCUAGUUAGGCCCCUGCCUACUCGUGCUGGACUGGCCCUGGCCACCGCAGCCACCCGCUCUCAGGUGCCGUUGGCUGUCUGCCCGCCAGCUCUGUAAGGACUCUCUCCCUUCUGUAGUAGAGGCUCUCGGACUGCAGCUUUCCAGCCUUCCCCGGCCCCUUCCCCGUGCUAACCACAAUGGCCCCGGGGGGCAGCUUCUCCUCGGGGAGCCAGCCAGGCAGGGCCUUGCAGCUCCCCAUGGCACAGAUGGCCACGCAGCACCUGCCCGAGAGACUUGGGGGAACUGGGGACUGCUGGCUCCAAGGAGAUGCCCCCAUCACCCUCCCUCCCACAACUAGCAAGCCCCUCUCCAACCCCCCCCCCCAGCCCCUCUUUCAAUUUUAUAUGAGCAUUUCUAUUUAUACCCGGGGACCACUGCAGUCCUGAGCUGAACUUGAGGCUGUACAGGAGAAGAUGGGCAGCCCCUAUGCCCCCGUCCCUUCAAUGCCAGGCACCGCCCAGGGACAGAGGAGAGGGGGAGCUGUGUCAGCUCUCCAGCAAGUGGUGGGGUCUCGCUAUUUAUUUUCUGCGUAUGCAAUUCCACCUGGCCCCAGCUCUGCCUCUGCUCCCAGCAGCUCCAGAGUGCCAGUGGGACCGUGCUCUCCACAGCACAAAGCUGCGGGACUGGGCACGCAGUAGGACCUUGGCCCUGGGUUGGGCAAAGGUCUGAGUGCGUGCGUGCAUCCUGUCUGGGUCCUUCUUCCCUCCCACCAUCCUUACUCAUCUCCCACCUCUCUCCCACCUUUGUGGCAUUUUAUGAACUCUAGGAUCCCAUCCCUGCCCUGUAGGUGGCCCUGGCCCAGUUUUAAUGCCAUUCAUUCCAUGGAUCUACAGUAUGUUGUACAUACUGCCCAGAGUUGUCUUGCAAGUUAAGGCUUCCCUUUACUAUAAGACUAUAAAUAAAAAAACAAAACAAAACAAAA